AAUGUGUUAAGAUAUGUUUAACUGUAACUACUGGUUGACACGGUAUGGGGCAGGUAACCAUAGCAUCAGGUAACUCCAAGUAAAAAAAUAAAAUAAAAGACACUUAAAAAGUAUCCAGAUUUGAAAUAGAGAGGAUCGUUCUAUGUGCUUGCUAGGUCUUGGAAGUUGUUGUAUGGAAUUGUUGAGAUAACGGUUUGACAUUAACGUGGAUAGAAUUAGACAGGGAAUCAAAUCCUGGAAUGACACGUUCGGCUGUAUAGCCUUGUCGAGUUCUAAACGUUUACUGAAAGAAAAAAGGUAAAACCUUCGAACUUUUUGAGUGUCAGUGUUUAUUUUUAUUAAUAAAAUCUAUUUGGCUACUUGACUGUUAUUAUUUUUUUUAAAGUAAGAUCUUCAAUAAUUAAUGACUUUUUUUGUAGUAAUUUAAAAUUUCUAUUUUUUUUUUAUUUUUUAGUUUUGUAUAUAGAAAAAAUUUUGUGAAUUAUAUUUUAAAUUAAUGUUUUUGUUUUUUUGUUUUUUAAAUACACCAAUAUUUUAUUUUAAAAGCGAAAGAAUGAACACAAUCACAUGCAUAUCGAUUUGGAUUAUAGGAUAUGGAUUGAUAAGCAUUGAAGGGGUAGGUUGUUAACGCUAUUAUAUUUUAAUUUAGAUUUGUCUUUCGUGUUAAUUAUAAUUAACUUUUAAUGAGAUGAGACCAAGAUUGUCAAUAAUGUUUUCACCGAAGAUGGAAAAAAAUGGAUGCAUUGACAGAAACAAGAGUUCAGCGGGCGAAUGGAUAGAGACAUAGAAACAAGAAUUCAGAGGGGAAAUUCAGAGUUACAAAUCACCCCCAACUACUACGACACACAUGAGUGAAGAUGGAGACCAAAGUCAGACUGAUUAAAGAUCAAACCUUACUUUCUAGUGACAAACUUCGAGUCUAAAUAAAAGUCUCGAGAUAACAAACAAAACAGAAAACAACACAACAUUCACCUGUAAUACGAGAUGUUAAGGCGAGCAGCUGGUAAACAAGAAGGUGUUACCUUUGGAACCAGUAACUAAGACGCUGAACCUACUAAUAAAUGAAUUCGUGUAGAGUGCCGUUCCACCAACCUGCAUUGCAAGCGUAAGACAGCAGACACACCGACUGCAGAACCCCUGCAGACCACGCUGUCAUAGGAUCGACUGUUUUUUGAAAGGACACCCUAAAAAAAAAACAACAACACACACACUCAUGAACUUCCAGUAGUUCUCACACCUUGCAGCAAUCAGUCAGCUAAAUCUCCUGCGAUGCCUCUCUGUGGAAACAAAACAGAAGAAACGUACGUUCAUUCGCCACAAUUAUUAUCAGAUUAAAAGAAUAUAUAUUUUUUUUUUUAUUUUAUUAUAGCUAAAGUAAAUGGCUGACAUGAGACUUUUAGUGAAAUGAAUCUACGCCACAACCCCUACCCCCAGACAAAAAAAAAAAACCAUUAAAAAACAGCAGGAACUCUCAGCCCCCGCCCCCCCUAUAACCCUAUUUGGACAUGAUAAAGACACUUUAAAAUAACAAAAUAGCAGACCAGAAAAACAAUGGGCAAUCACGAAGAUUAACUUUGCAUACUGUGAUAUGUGUGUGCUGGGAUUCAAAUUCAUGGGCAUAGCAGCGAUAGUUGGCGGGUUGGGGGGGGGGGGCACCUACUACUGAUGCCACCGUCAGGCAUAUAAACAUUGCAUGCAUAGGAGCCAAAAUGAUCAAUAAAAUGAUCGUGGGCCCUUAAGAUAUUGAAGAAGAAGAAAAUUGAGCUAAAAUAGUAAUUUUUAUUUUAUGUUGUUUUUUUUUUGGGUGUGGGGGGGGGGCUAGGGUGGGGGUUUGGGGGGCAAAGGACCCCAAAAUUUUAGACUUCGCCCUUGUUUUAGUUGUCAACGACACUACUCCUGGUCGGGGUUCCAAUUAAUGGCUACAUGAUACAUGCAAUGUUAAUAUCUAAUCAACUAUAAUUAGAUAGUUUUAUUAUUCAAAUACUCGAAAUACAUUUUCGGAUGGUUUUCCACCAUAAAGAGAUGUUUUGUUUGACGCCAUGUAACUAAUGAUGAAUGUCCUAAACUGUUAUAGAGCUGUUCUCUACAAUCUUAAUCCAAUAUUGUAUCUGCCAGGGAAUUAUCUUUAACGCAUUCAGCCCGAGCACGGUUAACAUCAAAGUCGGGGCCCACAACAUGACCAAGCUAAAUAGUCAGGUAAGGAAACUUUGCACUCGUAGCUGUAAAGAGACAAGAAGUUUCAGUUAAUGAAAAGAACUUUGUUAUGAAAGGGACUUAACCCCGAUAACUAAUGACGGUAGACCGUGGCAGAAGUUAAUUCCCUUUAACAAUAAUAAACAAAAAAAGUACAUUACAAGAAAUACAUUAGAUAAAAGGACAAUUAUUUUUUCUAAGAUAUUUAUAGAAACACAGACUUAUUUGCAGAGUGGCUGACAUUUUAACAGAGUAGCUGACUUACUCUCAGAGGGGCCGACUUAUUUACAGAGUGGCCGUCGAGUCAACUGAGUUGCUGAUUUAUUUACUGCGUUGCCGUCGAGUCAACUGAGUUGCUGAUUUAUUUACUGCGUUGCCGUCGAGUCAACUGAGUUGCUGAUUUAUUUACUGCGUUGCCGUCGAGUCAACUGAGUUGCUGAUUUAUUUACAGCGUUGCCAUCGAGUCAACUGAGUUGCUUAUUUAUUUACUACGUUGCCGUCGAGUCAACUGAGUUGCUGAUUUAUUUACUGCGUUGCUGACUUUCAAAGAAUCGUUCAAUAAAACUGUUUCAAAAAUAUUUCUUCCGUCAGACAUUAUCAUAGAAUAUUUGAUAACUUGUCAACAUACAUCUUAUGUAUCUAUCUACAGAUUUCAUGCACAUCUGAUAGCAGCCCUCAAAAGUCCUGCGUGUGUUUAGUCCCGUCCAAUACUCAGCCAUUUGAAGCCUGGAUGCUCAACGGCGACGCAGGUACAUUACCUCAGACAUCAUCCUCUCCUUUCCUGUGCUAAAUGUAUGUAAUUUAACUAGAGUGUGGGAAAUUCCAAUACACUGCUCCAAUACAAUGUCAGAAAAAAUACUUCUCCAAUACAGUACCCCAUUAUAUGAAUUAUUACCUGGUAUAUUAUCAUCCAAUUAUGAAUUAUUUCCCAGUUUAUAAUUAAGAAAUAUGAAUGUUUAUACUUUAUAUUAUACCCAGUAUUUUAAUAAAAAAAUAUGAAUGUAUUGUCCAAUAUAUUAACAAUCAACUAUGAAUUGUUUUAUAGAAAUGUACCACCUCUUUAUAAAACACACAUCUAUUAAUCCUACCACUAAUUUAGCGGAAUGAUAUUGAAAAAGCUAAAAACUAAAUCUAGACAGUACCCUUCUAUUGAAUCAUUAAAUAAUAGAUAUUUUAUAUAUGCAGAUCUAACAAAGAUUUUUAAAUAUUAAUCUAAGGGAGAAAGAGGAAUGAGGAAGUUGAUUGGUUCUAGAAAAUAAAUGAAAUGGUGGCAAGUGUUCUAGAUUUUUGAACAUUUUCCUCAGCUCCUUACGUCUACUACUACGGCUCACAGUCUUUGGUGGCCGGCACGACUAACCCUGUGGUCGUAACCUGCACAGAGGAAGGUGAUCAAACUACGUGAGUAGUUAAGGACAGGACAAUGUGUGUACACACAAAAAGGCACUAAGUCUUCGUCGUAACUAUGGCGCAUAACUUCCCCAUAAUUCAAAAAACAAAAAAAAACACCUCUUAAAAUUGUAUAUAAAUGACGAACCACAAAGAAGUACCACCCGGGGCGUGCUGCUCAGUCUGCACCCUUGCUCCUAAACCAAUGAGCAACGACGUAACAAGCAAAUGGUUUGUUUGCAGCUAUGGCAGCACAUAAGUUAUUGACUGGACUUCUAAAACAUUUAGAAUUGAUAUAAGACGUGCAACAAGUAAGUUUGGUAAUUUGCUCAUUAUAUUGUAUAUUUAGUGAUAUGUGAAGUGAAUAUAUCUACAAGCUAGAGGUGUAUCGUAUUCGUAUGGUUUGGUAUUUUUAACUAAAAUUGUAUAUUAAAUUUUGUUCCCCUAUCAUUCUUGUUAAAAAAAAAAAAAAUAUUUUGUGUUUGAAUGAUCUUUCACCUUAAAUCAUCUCGGAGUUAAUGUUAUUUACAAAUACCCGUUAUGCUGAUCAUUGCAGAUUUCACGACUCAUAGAGCAAUUACUUUUUUUUUAAAUUUAAAAUGUUUGUUCGGUUACAAAUUAUUAUUUCAUGUCACAUUAUUUUUAAAAAAACAACACCAUAUUACACAUAACCACUAAUUCUCUGUUAAGGAAAAUGUCUCAGUCGCUGACAGUUGAAGUGGUCGACAACGAGCCUCCUGUCAUUAACAAUAUCCUGUACCCUGCAGGUAAAUGUCAAAAAUCCGACUGAUCAUUAUGGGCCGUUCAAAUGGUAAAAAUGAGAAAAGUACUUUCAUAAUAUAUGACGAAAAAAAAUGUUAACGUGAAAAAAAGCAGUCACCUGAGUGCAAUUAUGACCUACUUCAUUUUUGACUACUUAAAACGAAAAUGUAAUAAUAACCAUCAGGCCAAAUACCAGCAGCACAGAAGAUUAAUUUAAUAAUCACCAUAAGGUUAAAUGCCAGCCAUCUAGCAGAUGAAUGAAAUAACUCCAAUUUGUUAAAUACUAGCCAUCCAGUAGGUCAAUGUAAUAACUUCCAAUUUUUAAAUGCUAACUACCCAGUAGGUCAAUGUAAUAAUCACCAUAAGUUAAAUACUAAAUACCCCGUAGGUCAAUGUAAUAACCACCAUAAGGUGAAAUACCAGCUACCCAUUAGGACAAUGUAAUAACCACCAUAAGGUGAAAUACCAGCUACCCAUUAGGACAAUGUAAUAACCACCAUAAGGUGAAAUACCAGCUACCCAUUAGGACAAUGUAAUAACCACCAUAAGGUGAAAUACCAGCUACCCAUUAGGACAAUGUAAUAACCACCAUAAGGUGAAAUACCAGCUACCCAUUAGGACAAUGUAAUAACCACCAUAAGGUGAAAUACCAGCUACCCAUUAGGACCAUGUAAUAACCACCAUAAGGUGAAAUACCAGCUACCCAUUAGGACAAUGUAAUAACCACCAUAAGGUCAUAUACCAGAUAACCAGGAAGUCAAUGUUCAACCUCCUAUAAGAAAUAAUUAAUUGACUAGGUAUUUAUGGGUGGCUGUAAUGCUGUGUUCAAAAGAUGCGCUAACCCUAAAUUAUUAGAAGUCUCAGCCAUAAGUCAGUGGUCAUUGGGAUCCUCAUAAGUUUCGUUCCCUGAUUGCAUCUUUCGUCAAGGAACACAAUUAGGAUUGAAGUUGACGCCCUACCGCUGCCUUGGUUUGGUGGGUUGUCUCCCCCUUUGAACCUUUUACCACGUGAGUCCCUUUCGAUUACCCCCCAUGACGAAUGAGUUUAAUUUCUAGUUUCCACAUUGAAUUCAGACACUGUUUCCCUGGAUGCCAAGACAACAUCAGCGUACACGGAUGUCUACAGUGUACAAGCUACUGAUCUGGACAUGGACACCUUGUUCUACAGCAUGAGUCAAAGUCCUGACCUAGGAUACUUUAACAUUGGAAUAGGUAAGGAGGCAAUGGGAUAGGUAAGUAGAUAAAAGAAAAGGAAAUAUACAAUAGAAUAGGUGAGUUAACAUUGAGAUAGAUGUCCUGAUAUUGGAUAGGUAAGAUGAAAUUUAGAUUAUUUGAGAUGGCAUUAAAAUAUUUUAGGUGACUUUUAGAUAUAGAAAAAUGUUAAUUCUAAAUAUUUGAAUGGACAUUGUAAUAUUUGAGCUGACAUCUGAAAUACUUGAGUUGACUUUUGAAAAGGUAAUUUGAUAGUCAGGUUGGAAAUGACAUUGGUGAUUUGACAUUUGGAUUGGUGAAUUCAGAUUCGGAUAAGUGAAUAAGACAAUUUAUAUAUGUAAAAUGUUACUUUUGGAGAUAUGUGAAUAUGAUUUUCAAAUUGUUUAUUUUGACAUUUGGAUAUGUGCAUGAGUUAUUGGGAUAUGUGCAUGUGUUAUUGGGAUAUGUGCAUGUGUUAUUGGGAUAUGUGAAUGUGUCUUUUGGAAUUACGUGAAUGUGACAUUUUGGAUUUCUCAAUAGGAGUUAACUAAUUACGCGUUUUUGUCGUAUGAACUUUUUGUAACAAUAAAAUGAUGUAAACAAAAAAUUGAAUAUUAUAAACUAUUUCCUACAUGACCAGGUGAUGGUGUUGUCCGUACACUUAUAGAUUUAAGAUAUGCCACCGUGUCGACCCACACAUUGACGAUAACGGUAAAAGACAAAACCCAUAAGGUGAACGAUUUUAAGGUUACCGUCAUGCUGACAAGUAAGUCAACUUUGCAUUCUGGUGUUAAAACUAUCGGCCACGCAUCUGUGGAUUAUAAGGAAGGUUUUUAUAAAACAUUAUAAAUAAAGCAUUAUAAAUAAAACAUUAUAAAUAAAACAUUAUAAAUAAAACAUUAUAAAUCAAACAUUAUAAAUAAAACAUUAUAAAUCAAACAUUAUCAAUAAAACUUUAUAAUAUGAAUAAAGCAAGAUGUCAAGAGGAGCGAGUGUAUUUUCUGCACAUGGUUAUUAUUAUGAUGUUUAAAAAUCCUACUUGUCUCUCCACAAAAAAGAAAGAGAAUCAAAAGUUUGGAGAUGCAUCUCAAAGUUUAAGAAUCUAAGUAACUGUAUUAAUUGAUUAUAGACAUUAAGCAAGUCAAUUUUAUUAAAAAUUGUGCCAACUUUGAAAGGAUUCACUUUUACAUUAACGACCACAAAUAUCCACACACCAGUCAAAUCAUUCACUCCUCAUUCAAUCAUCCAGCCGUUAAUCAAUCAUACAGUUCAAUUUGGAGAAAUUAAAAAUCAAUCAUCUUCUUAUACCUGAUUGGUCCAUGAUUUAACUUAGAGAAGCAUGUAGAAAUUUCAAUUAUUCUCUUAAAUAAAAUCUGGUUAACAAUUAAAAAACAAUUUUUAAAAAGCUCUUAAUCGUAAAUAUAAAAAAAAAAUAAUGAAUAUUGUUUUAACACACACAGUGGUUCCUCUGAAAAGGUCUAUUGAGCUGAUCCUAAUAAUUUAAGAUUUAAAAUAAAUUCCACCCUAUCAAUCUGAGGUCUUAAAACCAACCAACCAAUCAGCAGUCACUGUCCCAUACUGGACAAUUUCUAGUACAGCGAACUGAUCCCUGUCAGUAACAGGUCUUAAAAGCAACCCACCUAUCAGUAGUCAUCGUCCCAUGUGAACCAUCUUCUAGUAAAGACAAUCUGACCCUCGUCAUUCACAGAUCUGAACACCGCUCCGUCCAUCAGCAACCUGCCAGACACGGUCAGUUUUUCUGAGACCGCAAAAAAAGGCACGACUAUUAUAGACAUGACCCUAGUCGACCCUGACCCCUAUGUCGCCCCAAUGGUCCCAGUGUGUACGCCAAGUGACCCCAAUGACCUGUACAAGUUCAAGAUAUCAGGUGAAUUAAAAUGAAAUAUUCGUCAUUGAAAUUAUCUUCGCAAAUAUUUCAAUGAGCUUAUUAUUAAUUUUGUUGUUUGGCGUCCUUGCAAUGGUGUUUAAACUUAAUUUUGUUAAAUGUCUUCAACGCAAUGUUUUUAGACUUUAUUUAUUAGACUUAUUAUUGAAGAAUAAUACCCCCCCCACACACACACACACACAAAAUAUAUAUAUAUAUACAUAAAUAUACCUGUUGUCAAAAGAUGUAAACACCAUACUCGACUAAAUAUAUGUAGAAUAAACACAAUGAUAAUCUAUUAAUAUCAGUCGUAGUCAUAAGUCGAGGGAUGCUUAUUGACUACAAUUAUGAAAUAUGCUUCACUCAGGGAUAAGUCUAGUGUAAAACUUCGGUUUACGAAAUUAUGUGAAGUUUUUAACAAUAGUGUUAGAUUUUAACUAGCAGCAGUCGCUGCACUGGAUAUUUAAAAAAUGGCCAGUGUCAUUUGGCCAAAACAAUCUCGUAGUUGGUAGCAUCAAUUGACAUGUCUAAUAUGACCGGUGUCAUUAGGCUGACACACUCUCGUAGUUGGUAGCAUCAAUUGACAUGUCUAAUAUGACCGGUGUCAUUAGGCCUACACUCUCGUAGUUGGUAGCAUCAAUUGACAUGUCUUAUAUGACCGGUGUCAUUAGGCCUACACUCUCUCGCAAUCUUGGAAUCAAGUGAAAAGUCUGCGAUUUUUAUCCGUGUCAUUCCGAUGAGAGCUGACGGACUCAGUGGUCAGCGAUGACCCAUAUGCCUUGAUUUUAGUCAAGCAUCAAUACUUGCUACUGUUUUCGUCUUUUUGUGCGGGUAACCUGUAUCUGUGUCAAGAUUGCAGCUAUCGUUAAGUAAAAAAACCUUAUAUAACCCGUGUUCGACUCUGAGCCUUAAUAUAAAAUGUCAUGACGAAAAUGUAUAGACGUAUACACGAAUAUGGAAGAUAUUUUUAAAUCUUACGACAAACCUGGGGACUCGCAGAACCCAGGUCAACAAGUCAAUCUGAAAUAACUUUUUAAUUUUUUUUUAAUGACUAGGAUCAUCGAUAACCUUGGCCUAUGACAACGCCCUUGACUACGAGACCAAAGCAACGUACACCUUCAGCUGUAAAACGACAGAUGGUUACCUUUCAAAGUAGGUGAACUGGAUUUUUUUUCGUGUACACGUGUUCCUUAUAUAAAAAAGUGUCCUACAAAAAAAAUGUAUAAACGUAAUUGCGUUGACAAUAAAAUUAUAGGCAAGAUAGAAAACAAAUGCAAAGGGCCCGUCUCUCAGAGACAAGAGUUUGUUCUAAGCUAUAAACUAAUUAUGAGUAGUAUGAAAGACUCUAAAUAACUCUCUUUAACCGAUAACUAUAUCUCUACGGAAAAUAUACGGACGGACAAAAUUUGAAAAUGGCUGGAGAAUAUGAACCAACGAGGAUUUGUAUGGGCUCUUACAAAAUCCCUUGCUAGUAGCAGAGCGAUAUAAGGUCGAAUGAUGCCAAAUGACAGAGAAGUGAAGAGAGUGCACACCCACAACUCCAGAGGAAAACGGUUCAAGGCAGACGUAGGCUUAAAAUGGUAGAUGAUUUUAAAAUAUUCUACAGCUGCAGGAAUCUAAGCAUGGAUAGGAAACUUAUCAGUCAGGUAUGUAUCAAAGAAAGUGUGUGAGUGGGGCCAAAGCCCUACAUUGGCUGUAGAACCACAGGGAUGGUUGGCAGGUAUGUUUGAUGUCGGCAAAAGCCCUACACUGGAUGUAGCACCACAGAGAUGGUUUUAAGGAUUGUGUAAGGCGGGCCAAAUCCCUACACUGGAUGGAGUAUCACUUGGAUGGUUGGAAGGAAUGUGUGAGUAGUGACAAAGCCCUACACUGGAUGUAGCACCACAGGGAUGGUUGAAGGAAUGUGGGAGGCACUGACAACACGACCGCCAGAGGUGUCUAUUCGAACUUGCCUACUCCUAGCAAACAAGACCCAAGGUGGGGAUUAGGUCGUAGAUUGCAUAGUCUAGUGACGCAGAUGCGCACCGAGCACUGCCCCUUGCGCACAUAUUUCUGGAGGUUGGACAACAACAGAGAUCCUACCUGCCGGCAUUGCAGCCUGGCCCCAGAGACCUUAGAACAUAUGUUUGCUGAAUGUCCCGCACUAGAUCUCCCAGGGGAAGCCAGGGCGGUUGGAGGAUCCUUUGUGAGGGAAAUGUUGUAUGGCUCAGCUCAACAGAUGGAGUUGAUAGCCAAUUUACUAGCCGGGGUCAUAAGAGAGUAAUCUCAGACCUUCACCAGAAUAUGUGCGUUAGUUAGUAAUUGUAAACAUUUAGCUGGAGCUUUUCAAUACCUGUAAACAUGUAGCUUUGAGCCUUUCAAUAUCUGUAAACAUUUAGCUGAAGCUUUUCCAUAACUGUAAACAUUCAUCUAGAACUUUUCAAUAACUGUAAACUUUCAGCUGGAGCUUUUCAAUAACAAUAAAUAUUCAGCAGGAGCUUUUCAAUAACUGUAAACAUUCAUCUAGAACUUUUCAAUAACUGCACACUUUCAUGUGGAACUUUUCAAUAACUGUAAACAUUCAGCUGAAACUUUUCAAUAACUGUAAACAUUUAGCUGGAAAUUUUCAAUAACUGUAAACAUUCAGCUGGAGCUUUUCAGUAACUGUAAACAUUUGGCGUGAGCUUUUCAAUAACUGUAAACAAUCAUCUAGAACUUUUUAAUAACUGUAAACAUUCAGCUGGAGCUUUUCAAUAACUGUAAAAAUUAAGCUGGAGCUUUUCAAUAACUGUAAACAUUCAGCUGGAGCUUUUCAAUAACUGUAAAAAUUAAGCUGGAGCUUUUCAAUAACUGUAAACAUGCAGCUGGAGCUUUUCAGUAACUGUAAACAUUAAGCCAGAGCUUUUCAAUAACUGUAAACAAUCAUCUGGAGCUUUUUAAUAACUGUAAACUUUCAUCUUGAACUUUUAAAUAACUGUAAACAUUUAGCUGGGGGUAUUCAAUAACUGUAAAUAUGCAGCUGGAGCUUUUUAAUAACUGUAAACAUUGAGCUGGAGCUUUUAAAUAACUGUAAACAUUUAGCUAGAGCUUUUCAAUAACUGUAAACAUUUAGCUGGAGCUUUUCAAUAACUGUAAACAUUUAGCUUGAAAUUUUCAAUAACUGUAAACAUUCAGCUGGAGCUUUUAAAUUACAGUAAACAUUUAGCGGGAGCUUUUCAAUAACUGUAAACAUUUAGUUGGAACUGUUCAAUAACUGUAAACAUUUAACUGGUGCUUUUCAAUAAUUGUAAACAUUUAGCUGGAGCUUUUCAAUAAAUGUAAAUAUUUAGCUGGUGCUUUUCAAAAAUUGUAAACAUUCAGCUGGAGCUUUUCAAGGACUGUAAACAUUAAGCUUGAACUUUUUCAAUAACUGUAAACAUGCAGCUGUAGCUUUUCAGUAAAUGUAAACAUUCAGCCGGAGCUUUUCAAUAACUGUAAACAUUCAUCUGGAGCUUUUCAAUAAAUGUAAACAUUAAGCUUGAACUUUUUCAAUAACUAUAAACAUUCAGCUGGAACUUUUCAAUAACUGUAAACAUUUAUCUGGAACUUUUCAAUAACUGUAAACAUGCAGCUGGAGCUUUUCAGUAAAUGUAAACAUUCAGCCGGAGCUUUUCAAUAACUGUAAACAUUCAUCUGGAGCUUUUCAAUAACUGUGAACAUUCAGCUGGAACUUUUCAAUAGCUGUAAACAUUCAGCUGGAGCUUUUCAAUAACUGUAAACAUUCAGCUGGAAUUUUUCAAUAACUGUAAACAUUCAUCUGGAGCUUUUCAAUAACUGUGAACAUUCAGCUGGAACUUUUCAAUAUCUGUAAACAUUCAGCUGGAGCUUUUCAAUAAAUGUAAACAUUCAGCUGGAACUUUUCAAUAACUGUAUACAUUCAGCUGGAGCUUUUGAACAACUGUUACAUUUAGCUGGAUGUCGAUUAUGAGCGUUCAUUAGUAAUUGUUGCGACUCAAUAUUAUGUUCAUUAGUUGUUGAACGCUUUUGCCGCGCUUGACUAUUAUAGUUAGUGAACGCUCUUCCCGCCAUUGUCUUUAUGACGUAUUAUUGUGCUGAUUCGUGACGUAUUGUCUAUGCAGUGUUGUGACGUAUGUUUUAGUCGUGCGGCAGUCUUGAGUGGAACCUUGGAGUGAUAGGAUGUUUAUUAUAUUUACUUAGAUAUUAAAGUUAUAGUUAUUAUGAAAAGGAGUUGAGUUUGUUAAUUGAUAGUGAGAAUAGUACGACGCUUCAACGUAUGAAAGAACUGACGAAUGUAAUCAAUCCAAGAAGACGUUAUAGGAGUUGACACUGGAACUUUUCAAUAACUGUAAACAUUUAGCUGGAACUUUUCAAUAACUGUAAACAUUCAGCUGGAACUUUUCAAUAACUGUAAACAUUCAGUUUGAGCUUUUGAACAACUGUAAACAUUUAGCUGUAGCUUUUCAUUUACUGUAAACAAUCAGCUGGAACUUUUCAAUAAUUGCAAACAUUCAGCUAGAGCUUUUCCAUAGGAUGGUUUCUAUAAAUGUAAACAUGUAGCUAGAUGGCUUCAAUUACUGCAAUAUUUAGCUGAAGCCAGUUUAGUUUAAAACAUAUAUACAAAAUCAACCAAAAGAGAACAAAUUACAAAAUAUUUUUUUUUAAUCAUUCAAAUCUGGUAGGAUAAGAACCGGCUUACAGCAGUGGUUGACUCACGGUUAUGAGCAUUUGAAAACUCUCCUUACAUGACAAUGCCAUCAAUCUCUGUUCUAGUAAAGAUCACGUGAAGUCGUUUAUUUCCUAAAUUAACGGAACGACAAAUUAAAUUUGCGUUGCUGCCAUCCAUUUGAGUAGGGCGUAGGGCUGAGGGGAAGCUCCAUCACUUGCGACACAUUAUUUCUCCCUAUGUAAAGGGGUGGCACAUAAUUUCUCUGUAUAUAAAUUGGUGCAGUUUUAUAGGCAAAAUGGGAAGUUUAUUGGUCUUUGGCAAGGUAAAAUAAAAAUAGUCACUAGUUGAGGUUUGUACUAACCCUCGCAAGUCACUCUUACUAACGUUAAUAAACCUCAAGAUUAGGUCAACGUUUUCCUCUACACUAGCUGCCAUCUGUUAGUCCUCACAAAUAUAAAUAAACACACACUUUUAAUUUUGGAAGUUGUUUGUAAAACUAAACUAAAUAAUAUUAAGAAAAAAAAAUGAUGUCUAUUGAGAGUCAGACUUCAACCGUACUAUAAUUUUUGUUUAGAGAUUAUAGGAUCUUGUCCUUUCUUGAAUCUGUUAAAGCUGUCAUAAUUAAGCUCUAAACCCGACCCCCCCCAAAAAAAAAGUUUCAACUCGACAAUAUAUCUGAAUAUGGUAUUGCUCUCUUUAACUACAUAUUUUGAUAUAGUUUAAUAAUAAUUAAAAAUUUUAUGGAAUUAAAUCAAUUUUGAUGUGACGUAUGUAUUGACGUAAAAAUUUGCUCAAAUUUAAUUUCAUCGCCAGUGACAACACGGAUAUUUUAACUGUCAAAGUGAUGGAUUUCAACGAGGCACCAACCUGGUCAUCUACAAAUUACAAAUGCAAUAUCGACGAGGGCGUGGUAAGUUCAAGGACGAGGUCAUUCUUUAUUUUUCCGAUGGAAGGAAGGAUGAGAUUCACACGUUGCUAGUCUUAAGAAAUUUACAAACUACAGUAAAAGAAAUUGCCGAUGGAUUUCUACUUUCAGAUAAUCUUAAAGUGUAUAAAGAAGAAGUAUAGAUUCUUAAUUUAUCCAUGGGACUACACAAACGAGACAGGGAAAAGUGGGUUCAAUUGAUUCAUUUCCCCCCCCCCCUUUUUCGUAAUGAAUAAGCAUCUUUGUUUGCUACAUGUUUUUUUUUUCCCCUCCUUGACUUAAAACUCUUAAAAAAUCGUUUUACGGCAAUUUCAUUAAAGUGUAUAAAGAAGAAGUAAAGAUUCUUAAUUUAUCCAUGGGAAUACACAAACGAGACAGGGAAAAGUGGGUUCAAUUGAUUCAUUUCCCCCCCCCCCUUUUUCGUAAUGAAUAAGCAUCUUUGUUUGCUACAUGUUUUUUUUUUCCCCUCAUUGACUUAAAACUCUUAAAAAGUCGUUUUACGGCAAUUUCACAGGUAGGUGGCGCCACUUGUUCGCUUGGCGGAAAUGUGAGCGAUCCAGAGGGUGACAGCUUCGUCGUGACCCUGGACAAUACUUACUUCAGGUAGGACUUGGUCUACAGUCGGGCUGGACAACCUUUUUGUGAAGAGGGCUAUACGUGUCAUCUUUAACGUACCACUAUUGCCCUACCACACCAGGGAUAUAUUAGAAUCUCUGUUCUUGCCACCUAUGCCCAGCCAAAUUUAUGCCUCAUUAAAAGAGAAAGUGUGUUUCCUGUUUGUAAAAAUAAAAUAAAAAUAUUUUUUUUUAAAAAUAAUAAUAAUAAAAUGAAAUAAAAUUGUUUCUGUCCAAGUUUUGACAAGACUACCAACACGAUUUCUUACGCCAAAAACUAUGACCUCGAGGCCCUGACCACAUCUGACCUUGUCGUUAUCAUGACAGCCAGGGACAGCAAGUCUGCCAGCAGCAGUGCCACUGUCAACAUCCACAUCAACGACCUCAAUGACAACACAUGUGUGUUGAGUUCAAACCUGGUGAGCUCCUCUGCUUCGGACACGUGAGCGGAAAAUUGGGAUUGGGGGUGGGGUGUGGGUGGGAUGAGGUCUUGGGGGAGGGUUGGGGCUUGAGUGGGGCUGGAGUAGGGCUUGAGUGGGCUGGAGUGGCGCUGGAGUGGGACUGGAGUCGGGCUGGAGUGGUGGGUUAAGUGUAGUGGUUGUAAGCUGUUGUUUUUUUUUCUUUUUUUAGACUGUUACAUCAUUUGUAAAUGUUUUGAACAAAAGUGAUUCGGGAGCUCAGUAGCAUUGGAAAGGGUGGCGAGUUGUUGCAACAAGAGCUGAUUUUUUUCUGUAAUGAUCACGACCACUUUUCCGACCAAUGCAGAAUAAAUAUAUAUAUAUACACAUGUAUAUACAUUUAUUUUUUUUUUUAUGGUGGAAGGGGGGGGUAAGACGUUUGAAAUAAAAUAUUUUCGACCACCAGAACCUUGGAUUGAAGUAGAUAAUGUUAACGUAUUAGAAAAGGUUAAACUCCGCGGUAUUUUAGUACAAAGAAAGUAUAAGUUAUAACUUUCCUAGAUGCAAGUUUCAUUAUGUGUAGCGCUUAGCCUUCGCUCUUACAACACCAGCAGGUAUGUCAAGGACGACCUCGUCUCCCAGGCGUCACCCUGUCUACUUCGUUGAGCUUUAGUAGAACACUACAGAUUUAACAGUUUAUAUAAGACUUCAGAUUAAACAGUUUAUAUAACACUACAGAUUUAACAGUUUAUAUAACACUACAGAUUUAACAGUUUAUAUAACACUACAGAUUUAACAGUUUAUAUAACACUGCAGAUUUAACAGUUUAUAUAACACUACAGAUUUAACAGUUUAUAUAACACUACAGAUUUAACAGUUUAUAUAACACUACAGAUUUAACAGUUUAUAUAACACUGCAGAUUAACAAUUUGGAGAACCGUAUGUCAACUCCUAACGUCUUCUUGGAUUGAUUACAUUCGUCAGUUCUUUUCACACGUUGAAGCGUCGUACUAUUCUCACUAUCAUUGAACAAACUCAACUCCUUUUCAUAAUAACUAUAACUUUAAUGUCUAAGUAAAUAUAAUACAUAUACACUUGAAUAUAGCGCAGCUCGCUAUCAGACCUAAAUAAUAAACAUCCUAUCACUCCAAGGUUCCACUCAAGACUGCCGCACGACUAAAACAUACGUCACAAUACUGCAUAGACAAUACGUCACGAAUCAGCAUAAAAAUACGUCAUAGAGACAAUGGCGGGAAGAGCGUUCACUAACUAUAAUAGUCAAGCGCGGGAAAAGCGUUCAACAACUAAUGAACAUAAUAUUGAGUCGCAACAAUUACUAAUGAACGCUCAUACAGAUUUAACAGUUUAUAUAACACUACAGAUUAACCAUUUGUAUUACUGUAAAUUUUAAACUUUCUUAAAAGACAACAUAUUUAACAUUUGUAUUACUGUACAUUUUUAACUUUCCUAUAAAAUUAUAUAUUCAAUUAUGCUAUAAAAUUACAUAAUUAACCAUUGUUUAAUGCUACAUAUUUAAUUUUCCUAUAACUUUACAUAUUACCGCCCUAUAACAUUACAUAUUUUACUUUUGUUCCAAAACAAAACAUUGAACUGAAACAGAUACCAUGUAAUAUAAACAACAAGCCAUAAACAUUUUUUUUUUAAAAAUAUGUUUUUUUCAACAAAUCCCAUUGAUUAUCACACGGUUUAACCUAACGUAGUCUGAGACAAAGUGAACAGAGAGCGCCAGAAUGAAAAAUAAACCCAACGAUUAGAGAAUUAUUAUCAUGUAAAGCUAAUUAACUGAGCUGAUGAAUCACUACGUCUGCUGAACAACCUGAGUUUACAACAGCCCUUGUUUGUACGCACCUCAGCUAGGACCAGCGGAUAUGUCUACGCGUGCUGUAAUUUUUUUUUUAUUGCACUUUCUUAACGUUUAAAAUCAUCAAUAAAAACUGAUGUUUGCCAAAAUAUAUUGAUGAUGAAAACGCUUCACAAGAUCUAAUUAUCUUCGAAACUUCAUUUAUGUUUAUUACAUUUAUAUGCUUUUUCUAAACAUUUAUGUUUAUGUAUAUUAUGGGGAGACAUGGUCAGUCUGCGGAAACAAUCAAAGCUUAGAGGCCAACACUACCAACAUUACUUACAUUACAAGAAUUAACAAUGUCCAUUCGAAUACAUUGGUCCACACAAGCGUAAACCCUUAUGGUAGUAAAUAAAAACACUCUCAAUUUAAGACUAUUAUUCUAGUAAUUCAGGUUUGAAUACAUUUCGAGGUUUUUAUCAUUGUCUGUAGCUCAUCAUUACCGUGGAUGACUCGACCAAGUUAAAAAUGCUUGACAGUCUAACACUGAAUGACAAAGACUACACCAGUCCGAAUAACAAGGUUCACCUGAAAGUGACGUCAGUCAACCCAUCAGAUACCGGCGAUCACGUGACGGUGACAAGAAAUGGAGAGAUUUAUUAUACCAGUAAAGGAUCUAAUUCUUUAUAAUUGCAUUCAUAGUUAGUCCCAUAUCAGUGACGGCCUUCCGGCGUGAGGUGUGACUUGCAUUUCUCGGGGUCACAAAGCAUGGUCUCGGGGUCACAAAACAUGAUCUCUUGAUGUAGCACGGAGCUCCUUCAUGCUUCAGCACACCUCAUGGUCAACUGCAUCAUCAGGCCAAUCUUUCUAAAUUAUAAUCAUUCAAAAUCUGUAGGAAUUAUGAAAACUUGUUUAAAUGUUUCAAUUUAUUUAGUUAACAUACCUGGGCCUUUGAGUUGCCCGCCCUUUUAUUUGAUAUGUGCCGUAGAUUAUUGCAGGUAGUAGAAUACUGGAGGUAGUAGAUUAUUGCAUGUAGUAUAUUGUUAAAAGUAGUAAAUUAUUGCAGGUAGUAGAUUAGUGCAGUUACUAGAUUAUUGCUGGUAGUAGAUUAUUGCAGGUAUUAGAUUAUUGCAGGAAGUAGAUUAUUGCAGGUACUAGAUUAUUGCAGGUAGUAGAUUAUUGCAGGUAGUAGAUUAUUGCAGGUAUUAAAUUAUUGCAGGUAGCAGAUUAUUGCAGUUACUAGAUUAUUGCAGGUAGUAGAUUAUUGCAGUUACUAGAUUAUUGCAGGUAGUAGAUUAUUGCAGGUACUAGAUUAUUGCAGGUAGUAGAAUAUUGCAGGUAGUAGAUUAUUGCAGGUAUUGAUUAUUGCAGGUAGUAGAUAAUUGCAGGCAUUAAAUUAUUGCAGGUAGUAGAUUAUUGCAGUUACCAGAUUAUUGCAGAUAGUAGAUUAUUGCAGGUAGUAGAUUAUUGCAGGUACUAGAUUAUUGCAGGUAGCAGAUUAUUGCAGGUAGUAGAAUAUUGCAGGUAUUGAUUAUUGCAGGUAGUAGAUUAUUGCAGGUAGUAGAUUAUUUUGCAAGGUCUGUGAUGACAACAUUUGCAUUCUUUUGCUUUUUUUUUUUUUUUUUUUUUUUUUUUUUUUUUUUUUGAAUUUUUAACUUUCGAUAAAGAUAUUUGAUUUGCUUUUAGUUCUAUUUUGUUGGUAAUUUAAAAAAAAAAAAUUAAAAGUAGCUUAUUUUAUGUUCAAUGAUCUCUUAGGAACAUCCACUUCCCCACAAGCCAUUAAACUCCGGCGCUUUUUCUGUUAAAUAUCCAAUAAGACUCACUUCAUCCUCAAACCAUGUAAAUGAAUGAUGUAAACUAUUAAUGUUGAGCUAUUCAAAUUCACAUUACCACCAUGGAUCCAUAAAAUCAUGUUUCUUACAUCUACUGACUUGAACAACCAACAGUUUUAGAAAACGCCGAAUUUCAUUUAACCAAAUGUUCUCAAUCCCAGAACUUUUCACGUACGACCAGUCCGGCACGAGCUUCAAGACGAGUCUCAAGUGUGUGGACGAGGGCACCCCGCAGCGGUCGUCCACGACAACGGUGGUGGUCUCAUUCACGGCGGUGGUCACCACAACCACCACCACCACAACGACCACCACCACGGCCAAAACGACGACGACCACCGAGAAGGACAUCUGGGACUACACAGAGUUCACGGCCUUCUUCGGUGUUCUCAUGGCCAUUUUGGGUAAGUAGAAUUUUUGCCCUGGCAAUUUUUUUGCCCGAGUUGUUGCCAGUAGCACCUCCAUGUCUAUGCAGAUUUUCAAAUAAAUGGGCCAAGUUUUUUAAAAGUGGUGUUUUAAAUAUUUAAAAUCAUUCAUUCCGUCCAUCACUUGCUUUUAAGAUAAUUUACCUUUAUUUCCCAUUUCUGGGGACCUCCACAAAUAUGGGCCAUGGACACGCCCUAACCACGUUCACUCACAAUCGCGCCUUUAUCCUAAGGAGAGUUUGAGUUUCUUAACUUUAAAAAAAAAAAUAAAUACUUAAUGUAGGUGUAUAAUAAUAUAUGACAAACGACAGCUCACAAGAGCUGCAUUCACCUUCGCUCGCAGAUUGGACACCAUCAAAUGAUUUUCUAAGAAAUACUUUAUAUAAUGUCACUGUAGUAUCACUAAACUGAUUAAUUUCAUAUCAACUAAACUUUUUUUUUUUUUUUUUUUUUUUUUUUGUUGUUGUUUUUUUUUCAUUUAAUUCUAACCCCAAAGAGAUCUGCAUUAAGAUUUAGAAACAGUUUUUACAAGCUCACAUACGGUUUCACAUACAUUCAAAUCCAUCAGUUAGAUAGUAGGUUAAAAAAACAACUAUUAUACACAGCAUGUUGAAUAGUAAACAAUUUAAAAUCGAAUGUGCGCUUAAGAUUAAGUAGGUGAAUCCACCAAACCCGUCAUAUCGUAUAUUAAACUAACGUUACAUUCUGUGGCUAUGUUUAGGUCUCGCCCUAAUCAUUGGACUGGCCGUUCUGAUAGCCAUGUGUUGUGCUGGAUAUCGGUGUGGACCGUGCUGUAAACCCUCACCGUAAGUACUAGUUUGUUACUUAUACACUUGCCGUAAGAAGUCACUGCGUCCAUUCGGGGUAGUGCGACUGUCUAUUGGUGGCAGCGAAGUUUGGAAACAAUUAAUGAGUUCCUCCCAUCUCUAUCACAAAAUUAAUGUAUUACUUCAAAAUGCAAUCAUCCCAUCAUUUCUGUGCCAUCUCUGUGUACUUUGACUUCCGCUGCUACUAAGGUGAGUGAUAUAUUAGUUUAAACCAGAUAUGUAAAUGAGCAGAGAAGACAACCAUCUUUUCAUCAUUCGUUAUUACUACGGUACGAAAACAAAACAGGAUUUUCUUCGUUGUAAAAACAACUUUCACCGUUAACAUUGUUGCUCUAAACUGCUAAGACCAAGGCUUCUUAAGUUGCAAUUUUAGUUACUAUUUUAAAGGAAUAAUUGCCUUGCGACAUUAACAAAUGUAACAACCAUAAUGACGUUUUGUUAACGCUAAAGCAAUGAAUAAACUGUAAAUAGAUGCAUACAUAGAUAUAUAUAUUUAUAUGUAUAAUUAUUUUAAAUAAGCGUGAAAAAAAUAAUGGCUCCCUGUUAAAAAGUUCUAGAACCCCUGAAUUAGAAAAAAAGUUGGAAUUCCCUAGUUUAAGAACUUGAUGAAUCUGUUCUGUUAAACAACAAAAAUUUGCUACGAGUCCGCCCAGUGUAUAUGGGUGUUUUGGACUUUAAUUUUGACACCUCGCAAUGCGGGCGCCUUGUCAGUUUGUGACAGGUCAGUUACUUGGCAUUCAGCAAUUUAUCAGUGAUGUCAUUUAAGGAAGUGUUUUUUUUUUAUAAAACCUUGAGGUUGCGACCCUUUUUUGGAUUAGGAAUCCAUGUAGCUAAGUGCCUUUUAAAAAAAUGUGUUUAUUUUGUGUUAAAAAAAAAAAGUCAAAAUUAUAUUUAUUUUUCUUUAACUGGUUCUGAAUGAAUGACAUAAGGAUUGGCAACAUGUAUAGCAGAUAUGAUAUUAAAAGAGAUGCUGAUGAAGGCUGUGUAUUUUGAUGCAAGAAUGUCGACGGCAUGUUGUGUGUUAUCUCUGUCUUGUCGUAUCAUUGUAAACGUGUACACUAGAAUACAGUAACAUAUUUAAACAUAUCAGAGUCCAUCUUGAUUAGUAUUGGGAUACCUUUUUUUGAACUCGUAUUCCCACUAAUCAAACCCAGGUCUCCCGUUAGCAAAAUGAUUUCUGUUAACAAGCUUAUGAAGAUGAUGAUUGAAUGCUUUUAUUGAGCUUGUAUCCAUGCUAUAUACAGUAUGCUCAUUGCGCUCUGAUGUCCUAAAAUCUAUUAAUAGAAAAAAGAGUAUUUCAAUGUUUCUUAAAUGAUUUUUAUCAUUUUAAUUUCCAACAAAGAUUGGAGCAAGCUGGUCCACACUUUAGUCGCAAUAGCUUCAAAAGAGCGCACACGGUUUGACUUCUUUUUGUGUCCAUCUACAUUGGUAACUCUCAGUAAGGACUGUGUUGAAGAGCCCAGGUUCUUUUUGGAUUCGUGUUAAGAAAUCAGUUCUUUAGAUAUGCAGAUCCAGAGCCUUUUAAACUUGGGUGAUGUGGCCAGAUUUCUUGAUCAACGAUACAAUGCUUGGCCAAAGAACAACGUAAAGUAACGGGAUCACUGUUAACAUUACCUUUUUGUUCAUCGUUCCUACUCCAUGCUCUCCCACCCCCUUGCACUACUGACCACUGACACUCUACUGGCCCUUAAGUAUACCCCAUUUUUUAUUGAAUCCCUACGUUCAUUGAACAAUUCCGCAUUCAGGCACACUGACCCCCAAUCUAGUCCGUAUUUAUACACACGAAGUCUUUGUCCAGUUCACAUUCAGACACACUGAGUCUCUCUCCAGUCCACAUCCAGACAAACUAACUCCUUAUCUAGUCCGUAUUUAUACGCACUAAAUCUCUGUCCAGUCCACAUUCAGACAAACUGACUCUCUAUUAAGGCCACAUUCAGACACACUAUGUCCUAAUCUAGUCCCUAUUUAUACGCACUAAAUCUCUGUCCAGUCCACAUUCAGACACACUAACUCCUUAUCUAGUCCGUAUUUAUUUCCACUAAAUCUCUCUCCAGUCCACAUUCAGACACAAUGACUCUCAGUCAACUCCACAUUCAGACACACUUACUGCUUAUCUAGUCCGUGUUUAUACGCACUAAAUCUCUGUCCAGUCCACAUUCAGACACACUGAGUCUCUGUCGAGUCCACAUUCAGACACACUGAACCUCUGUCCAGUCCACAUUCAGACACACUGAAUCUCUGUCCAGUCCACAUUAAGACACACUGAAUCUCUAUCCAGUCCACAUUCAGACACACUUACUCUCUGUCAAGUCCACAUUCAGACACGCUGACUCCCUGUCCAGUCCACAUUCAGACACACUGACUCUCUGCCCACUCCACAUUCAGACACACUUACUCUCUGUCCAGUCUACAUUCAGACGCACUUACUCUCUGUCCAGUUCACAUUCAGACAAACGGACUCUCUGUCCGGUCUGAAUUCAUGUCACUCACUCUCCGUUCUCAUUCAUAAAAAAAUUAUUCAUUUCAACGAAAAUUAUUUUACUUGAUAGCUUUUGUAAGAAUGCAAUGAUUUCCCUUUGUUUAAAUGAAACAAUCAGAUAAAAUGAUUACAAUAAAAUCGUAAGAAUACAUUUAAUUUUGUAUCCAAUUUAAUUAAUCAGAAACUAUUUAAUAAAUUACAUCAAGUCAAGUUUUGUGAAAAUUAAAAGAUUAAAACAUGUAAUGAAGAUAUCAUAUGUACACAAUUGUAACCAGGAACGUCACCAGCACAAAUCUUGGUGGUCGGCAAACGAAUGUAAAUUGCCCCGAGUCAUGUCAAAAGGAAAGUCUUGGUGAUAAUGAAAGCUAAUAAGUUAUUUUUAAAAAAAAUGUGUUAGUUUAACGGUGCAUUCCUAUUUUGCUAUAGGUUUUUUCCUCUAAAUAGUGCAUCUGGUCAGUGCAACAGUUAAACGAACUCAACAUGGAGUGAUUACUAGUGACUUGACAUCUAUCGUAAUCAUGCGUCUUUUCUUGUACACGUCAUUUUGGCACAUACUCAGUGGUUUCAAUAGGUUGGUGUUCCCGGUAGCUGUUAACAAACCAUUAAAAUUACCCACCCCCCUCUUUUUUCAGACUUUCCUAAGGAUCAUUUUUUUUUAAUGCAGAGAACUAUUGAAUGUCAAGGUUACUUACGCUCGGGUCAGACACAUGGCCCUGGAAUAGAAUCUGGUUUGACAAAUCGUCUCUUACAAAAAACAUAAACUGGUGGUCCACUCUAACCACAAUCGGAGGGUCGGUGACGUGAAGUGACGUGACCGCGUUCAGACUUGAUGAGGCCACGGCCGCUGCAGCUGUGCCUGAUUCUCUUAUUUCGAAUACCGCUCUCUGAAAUACAUCACUGAUCACCAACGGCUCCACGGAGAUGCCGGAGAAAUUGGCCACGGGUUGGAACGCGUUCGGCAUCCCCAUCUUCGACAAUGCGUUUUUCAAGCUCAUCGAAGCUAAAAUUCGAAACCUGGGAAGAUAGAGAUGAACCUUGACCUUUGACAUCCCCGUGAAUAAAACAUCGAUGUCUGUGUUUUCUGAGGCCAUCAUGGUUUCAAGAGCGGACAACCCCGAAUUCGUUUGUGGCAGCGCCACGAAAAACGCCAACCUCUGGUUGGCGAACGGCAGCCUCACCACGUCGACGUUCUCAACGGCCGACUGCUUGAAUUCAAGGUCGGUCGUCUGGUGCAUGAGGUCGACCUGGACGUUGAGCCCGUCCGCCCUGGUGAAGUCUCCCUUGGUGGUUAGACUUUCGUCGAACGGGGUGUUCCAAGUCGCGUUGAAUAACAGGACACUGACCAACACGCUGGAGGUGUCGUUCGUGAUGGAGUCCGGUCCCAGCAUAUCCGGGAUUUUGUUGUAAGUUUUUUCAGCGACGAAUGAGUUGAUUGGCGUCUCGGGCCCGCCUGCAGCAGUAAGGUCGAUGGUGUCGAUCUCAGCAAAGUACUGUCUCACUAUCACGUUCUGGGACAAACAUGGGAGAAAAAUUAUGUCACACUUAACAACACAAAAGUAACUAUUUAAAAAAAAAGGAACACAUAUUGAAUGAAAAAUAUCAUUUAUAACAAAAAAAUGAAGAAAAAAGUUUAUUUUCUUAGACACCAUAUAAGCAACAAAUACUGAUAAGCUUACUUGAUACUGCAUUUUGACUGGAUAAUUUGGAUUGACCCAAAUGCCAUUGGCGAUCAGGACAUUUACACGUGGUACUGCGUUGAGACUUUUUAUAAGGUCUUUGUAAGCGGCAUGUGGGGCAGCUACUCUGAUCAACUGAGAAGGGAAGAAUGAAAUUGACAUUUGUUUCACGUAAAUGAGUAUAUUGAAUAGUGUUUAAAAGGAAUUACAUCUUGUGCACGCAAUGUUCUGAGAUAAUAGAAUUAUGCGUAGCUAGUUUUUUAGAGGGAAACAUUAAUGAGAAAACUAUGAUUUGGUAUGAUUUAGUAGGUCGGCUACCAAUGUUCGGAGAAAGUUAUUAAAUAUGGGUAACUUGUGUUUGGUGGGACUUAUCUAGAGGGCUACUUGUGUUUAGUGGGACUUAUUUAGAGGGAAACUAGAGUUUGGUGGGAAUUAAUUAAUACGGUAAGUAGUCUUUAUUUGGAAUUUUUAAUGGGGCAAAUAUUAUUUGGAUUGAAAAUUAACUUGAAAGAAUAUUUGUAUGGACUAAUUAAUAGGGCUUUAAUUUCGUAGUGAAGCAUUUGUGGGGAAACCAGUAGGUUGUGUGAUUUAUUUGUGGGACAACUAGUAGUUUGUGGAAAUUAAAUGUGCGGCAGCUAGUAUUUGGUGGGACAAGAAACGGAGCAUACAAUUAAUGUUUGGAGAGAAGAAUUAGUGAAACAAUUAGCAUUUGAAAAGACCUGCUAUACAUUCACGACUUUUUGUAUAUAGUGACUUUUUGAUUCGGCAACCAGUCAGUGAUUGUAGCGAGUUGUAUAAGAAAGUACAGAUGUGUAUAGGUUAACAAUAAUUUCAUUUACAUAAAAUGUGUUUAUUAAACAAAAAAACAACAUUUAACUUUUCGCCACAAACACAAAGGUAUGCAUGUGCAACAUUUAUGUUUAAAGUGCUUGCACUGGCUCUUGAUGCUAAAUUUAUCACAUGCUUAUCUCAGAUAACUUAUGAUUUUCUCAAAUAACUUAUGAUAAUCACAGAUAACUUAUGAUUAUUUCAUGGUACUUAUGAUUUGUUGAGAUAAAUUAUUAUAAUCUCUGACAUCUUAUGAUUAUUUCAGAUUACUUAUGCUUAUCUCAUAUUACUUAUGAGUAUCUCAGAUAUUUUAUGAUUAUCUCAGACUGCUUAUGAUUAUAUCAGAUAACUUGUGAUUUCCUCAGAUUACUUAUGACUCUUCAGAUUACUAUCAUAAAUAAAUAUUACUUAUGAUGCGAAAUGAUUUUUGAGAAUAUUUAAUGUGGGGAGUUUAUGUGAAGAAAUAUACUUGACCGUGUACAGGUCAGUCGAGUGUAUACAGUCUUACCUGGAGGGUCCUCUUCAUUUGGUCAGCGGUUGACGUCCUAGCCCCAAGGUAGGCCAUGCUCAAGCAAGCGUGAAGGCUGAAGGGAGAGUACACAGAUAUAGAUCGGUUCAGUGCCACUUGGGCGUACAGCUUUUGGGAAAACUGGUUGGACGCCCUUGUCAGGGCCUUGACACUGGACAACGACGUGGGCCCGGUCAAGAUCUGGGGUAAACUGGACAACGUCAGCGCCAAUACGAAAGUCAAUUCGAUCCACAUGAUGUUCAAUAGACGGUUGAUCGAUCAAUUCAGUGAACAAUAAAAAGCAGACAGAUGGUUAUUAGCAAACAAAUAUAACAACCAAAUAGUUAUUGGCAAUGAAAUGUCACAGACUGAAUGAUACUUAAUUGCAAUCAGUUGUCACAACCAGACAGAUGUUUAUUUGGAAUCAUAUGUCACAACCAAAUAGAUAGCUUAUGUUAAUCAAACUUCAAUGUCCAGAAGAAGCUAAAACAAAUGAAAUUAUUUUUUUUUUUUAAAUUAAAAAAUGAUUUGACUACUCCACUGUGAUGUGUAGAGCAAAAAAAAAACCAACUGUAAUUAUCUCGCUGUCUCCAAUUUUUAUACACAAGACUUGGAAAAAUUUCUUCUUUUGAAGUCAGUGUCAAAGGUUAAAGGUGAACGUCGUUGUUAAAUAGCUUUUAUAUGGAAAUCAUAUGUCACAACCAAAUAGAUAGCUUAUGUUAAUCAAACUUAAAUGUCAAGAAGAAGCUAAAACAAAUGAAAUUAUUUUUUUUUUUUAAAUUAAAAAAUGAUUUGACUACUCCACUGUGAUGUGUAGAGCAAAAAAAAAAACCAACUGUAAUUAUCUCGCUGUCUCCAAUUUUUAUACACAAGACUUGGAAACAUUUCUUCUUUUGAAGUCAGUGUCAAAGGUCAAAGGUGAACGUCGUUGUUAAAUAGCUUUUAUAUGGCAAAAAGGGAGGGAUGGAUAAGAAUAUUUGUGCUACAAUGGAAUUUUACGUUUUGCCAAAUUUUCCACAUAUUUUAACCCUAAUAAGUCACGUGCUGGUCGUUAAAUUCACUGUUUCCUGCAAUGUCAAGGUCUAGAUUGUGACGUCACUCUUGAAACUUUUGGGCGGACAGGAUUAACACUAAUUUCAACGUCAGCUUUCGUGUUCCUCCCUCUUAGGCCUGUCACACCCCUGGGGGCAAACCAACCAAGCAGUUUACCUGUGUCGUUGUGAAGAUAAAAAUAAUAAAGUCACACUUAAAUUUUAAGCGCUGUUGGUAAAAGUAAUAAUACAGUAUUUGACUAGCAACCUAAUUUUUAUAUAAAGUCCACUCGAUUUAUGUCCAUGCCCGGGAAAUUAUUUUAAGAAACAACAAAACAAACCAACAAAUGUUAUUAAAAAUUAUUUUUUAAAAAAAAUUAAUCAACUUCAUACCCGCUAGGAUAUAUUUUGUUUACUUCCUUUUUUGUGUUUUGAAAUCAGAACAACAUUCAAUAAGAAGCACGACUUCUGUUUAUCUGAAUACAUGCAUUUCAAAAUCGUUGUAAGCUAUAGUAAUUUAUUUUUUCUCUUUUACCGUUUUUCUUAAGUUGGGGCUUUCACAAAAAUGGGACAUCCUUAAUAAGGAAAAAAAUCAACUAUUUAAACAUUAUAUUUUAUUAGGAAAAAGUGUUUUAAAAAUAAAUAUUAAAUAAAUUUGGUCAUUUCAAACAAAAAAUAACAUAUUUAAGAACGUGACGAGCAAUAUUUCAUAAAAUUCUGAAAAAAAAAAGAACACACAAUUUUCCAUUACAACUGUGUGUUGACAUUGAACAUUUUUUGUACAAAGCGAGAGAUUUACUAUUUUAAUGGCAACAGCCAAAAGAAAAAAAAAAAGGGCAGCGGUAUUUGUUGGUGUAAUCACAAACAGUGACGUACUGCUUUACCUGUUUGGUAGAAUCCGGGUCUGAAUUUACAUAUAUACACCAUGAAUGUUUUCUAAGGAAUUUUUCAACUCUGUCAACACGAUGUCAGUGCGUAGGUGGGCGAGAUUUAUUUGAAUUCGUCAUUAUUAAAUUGUGUCAGAGUUAUGUCAGCUUAGCGUUUUUUUUUGUUGCGCACUAUCAUUGCCACUGUCAUUUUGAUAUGUCCUUACAUGGUCUAAUGUGUCUCCAUAUCUUUCAGAAAAGAAUUUUUUUUUUUUUAAUCUAUCCUAUUAAAUGGAAAUGUUCUUAGAGUACAUUGUAAAGUUUAUUAUAUUAGAUAUCAAAUAAGAAAGGAAAAAAAUAGAAAGUAAAAAUUAUGGUUACAUUUUAAAACGGGACAAUUUUAAGUACAAAGUCGGCAGUCGAAAUGAUCACCUUUAAGUUAUAUUCAGGUUGGAACUGUGGAUGAUCGACAUAACGGGGGAAUACAUGGGCUAAAUAAGCAAAAUUGUGAUAUAGGUACAAAAUAAAUUGGCUAAUUGAGUAACAUUUUGACAUAGGAACACAAAAUAAUAUGCUGAGUGGGACAUAUUGUGUUAAUGUACGACCGGAUAGUUUUUAUCGAUAAGUGUUUGAGUGGCAUGCUCGUAGUGGUUUGUGACCAUACUAUUCUGUAGAAGUUUUUUGACCAUAUUUUCUGUAGAAAUUUGUGACCAUACCGCUCUGUAGAAAUUUGUGACCAUACUGUUCUGUAGAAAUUUGUGACCAUACUGUUCUGUAGAAAUUUGUGACCAUACUGUUCUGUAGACGUUUGUGACCAUACUGUUCUGUAAAAGUUUGUGACCAUGCUGUUCCGUAAAAGUUUGUGACCAUACUGUUCUGUAAAAGUUUGUGACCAUACCGUUCUGUAAAAGUUUGUGACCAAACAUUUCCGUAUUUCAUGGUAGUGCGAUGCUUGUAUUUUCUAAUCUUGGAUCGUAUUUUAAUGAAUUAAAAGGAUUACGUUUAGAUAUUGAGAAAAACAAAUUUUCCAUCUGGCAUUAGUCAUUAAAAAGAAAAGAAAAAAGUCAUAUUAAAUGGACACUGGGAAAUCUUCUAUUUUAAAAAAAAAAAAAAUUCUUAAUAUUUUCAUACUAAUAUUAUGAAAGCAAAACCUAAUAGAAUAGAAAGCUAUUUAAAAUUUAUACAAAGGUAUAUUUCCAUGAGAAUAUUUUUUUGCUUAGUUAAAAGUCACCUCUGCCUAAUGUUUCAGAAAACCUACAAGGAUUGUAGAGCCGUAUCGGUGAGUAAAAGUACAUUUUGUAAUGAAUAUAUUAUUACAUUUUUAACCGCAUUGUGGACGCCACUGUGUGUUAGACUGUAGCUGUUAUUUAUAUAAGUAAAGAAAUUAUGGAACUUUAAUUUCAUUUUAGAUAAUUUCAGAAUUUUUUUUUAAUUUCAAUAUUACAUUCUUGUCGACACCAGCUCAAUAUGAAUAAUUUCGUAGAUUGAAACUGACAACAUUGUCAUAUUAACAGUUAUUUAAUACAUUAGGCGACACCUGUUUCCAGGUUCUUACGUUGAACAUUACGGAUAAUUUAAAAAAAAUAAAUUCAAUUUUAAACAAUUCACUUGUUUUCAAAUCCUUCGUUUCUGAACAAUGGGUAACAAAGCUGACUGGGAUCAUCUGGAGUUAAUUAUGUGCUAUAUUUAGGCUGGACCUGUUGCGUGAACUUGUUUUUGUCCUGGGAGAUUUUUCUUUUUAGAGACAUACUUAAACGAAAAGGAAAGAAAUUAAUUUCCAUUUUGAAUCCGUGUCUUGCUUAUUACAUGUUUAAAUAUUUUCACAACGUUGUUAGAUACUUCAAUUUCUUUCCACUUUAUUUUUUUUAAUUUAUAAGUUCUCUGGGUCUAUUUGCUGGUUUAGAAAUAUGGGUCGAGACUCAAAACAGUUUGGGAACAUGUGGUCUAGUCACGUUGACACUGUUGCAUCGAUCUGCAGAUGAUCUGUUCAAAGCAGAAUAAGGUAUGCGUUAUUUGUUAUUUUCUCAUCGCUAUUCAGGCCACCACCACCACGUGCCCUGCCCCCACCGACCCCUGAACCACCAGUGAACAUGAGAUGGAACAAUCAGGCCUGGAAGCAAAGUAAGUUCUAACAAAAGUUUCAUAAUAAUUAUGAAAACGACUCAAAUGAUCGCUGCAAAUUGAAGUUUAAAAAAAAAAAAAAAUUAAGUAUAAUGAAAAAAAAAGGGACGUAAAAAAGAAAAAAGAAAAAAACGAACAAAAACAAAAGAACAGCAAUCAAAUCGAAAGUGUCGGGUCAAAGACCUUAUUAGCGAAGAACAACAGAUAAGCCAAAAAUAAACAUUAAUAUUGUAAGGAAUCCGCUGCGUCACGCCUCAUUCCUCUAUCUACUUUAUGUGGAUGGUAAACCUCGGCCACUCUGUCUCGCUUACUCCAACACUCAGGUAACAACACGUUGACUGUUGGCCUUUCACUUUAUUUGAUUUGCUCUACACUGAAGACCUUUGAAAUCUGCUCUGACUGUCCCGGGUAACUGUCUCCUCAUGUCUUUCUUCUGCUCCUGUCCAGGAGACUGUCCGACUCGCCCUCCCUCCGGCUUAACUCUCCUAGUCCUGUCUAUAGGUCACUUUUUACAAGUCCCUGAAUUGGUCGUUGCGUCACUAGAGAUUCCCUCCAACCCCCCCCCCCACCACACACAUUGGCUUUAAUCCUUUGCUACAUCUGGUACUAAAUUUUCUUCUAACGCGUCCCUUCGUUUAAAGUGACAUUGACCAAACACUGCCAUCACAUAGCGUUCCUAAUAGUCUCGCCACAAUUUGUACCUGCUAAGCUACAACCGUUGGUCAGUUCCCUCACCCCCGCACCCCGCCUUUUAAAUGGCCGUUAAACAACCACUACUAGAACCCCAAGGGGGACCAACCACUACUAGAACCCCAAGGGGGACCAACCACUACUAGAGCCCCAAGGGGGAUAAACCACUACUAGAGCCCCAAGGGGGACAAACCACUACUAGCGUUCUCAAUAGCGUCGUCACGGUGUUGUAGUCACCGUGUUGUAGCCGCUGGUCAGCCUCCAUGCGGUGAAUUCCCCCUCACCCCUGUACCAACCAGGGCGACUACCCAGGUCUGAACACUCUAAAUAUAAACAGCUGCAUUUGAGUAUCUGAGAGUCCAGCCAGAGGAAAGACAUUCUCGCCGACACGUUCGACUUUUACUUUCACUUAUAUUCAUCUACCAAAUUUGAUGGGAAUCUCUCCUCAUUAUUAUCUGUAAAUUUCCAAUUUUCUAAUUGGUGUGUCCCAGGGCUGACCGCACAACCGUCAUGCCCCCUCCUAGUGACGACUUCCCCACUUGUAGUGACGGUAAUGCGUUUAGUUUAGGAAAAUAAAUGAAAUUGUUGAAUAUUAAUUAUUACGUUAUUAUUUUUACUAAAUAUGUUAAAAUUUUUUAAUUGAAAUAUAGAUGACAUUUUUUUUUGAAAUUCUCAUUUUUUGCAAUAAAGUAUAUUUUACGUUUAAAAUUCUUCCCUCUCCAAAGUUUGACAACUCAGUAAAAUUAGUUUUCUUGUUAUCCACAGUUCAAGACAAGAGUUCCCUCCCUGACGCACAUUAUUUCCAUUAUAGUUAAUCAUUGAAAUUAAUAAAACUAUUUCAUCCUACGAAUAAUCUCUACCUCACAGCACGAAAUACUCUGUACACAACAGCAUCAGAACUCUCUACCCCACAUCAUCAAACACUUUCUAUCCCAGCCCAUCAAUGUAUGUACAUUCUUAUUCUUUUGCCAAAAGUUUUCUACACAAAUUACCCUACUCAUCCUCUCUUUCAAAUAAACUAUCCCCCAUCGUCCUUUAUCUCAACCUCAACAUACAUCAAUCAUCAUUUCUGUCAGCCCCUAGUAGCCGAACUCAUCCUUUAUCUUAGCCCCAACUUGCUUAACCCAUCCUUUCUAACAGCCCCUAAUCACAUCAUAAAUCUUUUAUCUUUAUCUAAGUCCCAACUAACCCCACUCAUCUUUUCUCUCAGCCUAACUUACCUCUCUUAUUCUUUUCCAAGCCCAAAUAAACGCACUAUCGCUUUUCUCAGCUUAGCUCAAACUAUCUCAAUCAUUCAUUCUCUUUUCCCUAACUUAUCUAAUCUAAACCUUUCUCUCAGCGCCAACUAAUCUCACUCUACCUUUCUCUCAGCCCCAACAAAACUUACUCAUAAUUUCUUUCAGCCCUAGCUUACACCACAAAUCAAUUAUUUUAGCUCCGACUAACCUGACAAUCUAUUUCUACCCACACUCUCUUCCCCAAAACAUAUAUCUCUUUAACAUACCUUGCCGCAACCAUUUCUUUUGAAAAUUUAAAAUAAUCUCACAAGUCUCAAUUGACUUCACCAGUCAUCACAAAUAUUUUUAUAACACGUGACUUGGCUACUUUUCUGAAGGGUUUUUACUUGUCAAUAUUUUGGAACUCGGCAAUAUUUUAAACGACAAAAUUGUCACGUCGAUCUUUAAAACUUAAGACUACAACAUUAUUUGAAUGUGUAAUUUGUUUCAAGGUCUACAUGAAAUUAAAUGGAAUUCAGAAGUGAAUGGUUCGUUUUUCUUUCUCUUCAUUUCGCAGACGACAGAUUUGAAGGUACGCUUUGAUCGCCAGACCACAGUCGAUAGCAAAAUUUAAAAACCAGACAGACCAUUCCAGUAAAAAUAUUGCCAAGUUCUAUCUUUUGUGCCUCGUCUGUAACGUUAUACAAAGUUUAUUUGUUUCCUUAAAUCUGAAUAUAAUAACAUAAUGCACCGGAAAUUGUUCGUCAAAUUUUUAAUAAAUUAAAGUGUUUGUACAUUUUUUUUUCUAGAAUCUCUUUUAAAUACAAUUUAACUUUUUGAAAAAAUAGUUUGAGGACAAAUAAUGCAUAAGCCAAAUGUAAAGGUACGGAUGAUCUCACAUCUUAAAUUCCUAAGUGGAUUUGUCAACGGUGCGAAGCUUCAGUAGCCAAGUGUUCACUGCGAAGUCAAUGAAUCUAUUAUGGACCACUGUUGUUGUUGGUAAUGGGUCUCUCUAAGUAGACAAACAUUUUUAUAUUUGAGCCCUAUUAGUGAGGACUUUAGUGAAUUUGGUUUAGAACACUGUUCGAGAAAACAAAAGGUAGCAGGACAGUUCAAAGAGAUAUUUAAUGAGACGACAGCAAGUAACACCAUUUUGGUGUUUAUUGUUACAAAUACCACGACGCUAAGUAACACCAUUUUGGUGUUUAUUGUUACAAAUACCACGACACUAAGUAACACAAUUAUGGUGUUUAUAGUUAGAAAAUAUCAUAGUUUUGAAAGAGUGUUAAGCCUGCUGAUUCUUUGAUGAUCAGAAACGCGCUUGUUUCUCAAAAAAAAAGUUGUUGCGUUAAAACCCUGAGAAAUCUAGGAUGAAAGUCUUUAAGAAAUCUACGAUGAUCGUCUUUCAGAAAUCUACGAUAAACGUCUUUUGGAUAUCUACGAUGAACGACUUUAACAAAUGUACGAUGAGCGUCUUUCAGAAAUCUACGAUAAACGUCUUUUGGAUAUCUACAAUGAACGACUUUAACAAAUGUACGAUGAGCGUCUUUCAGAAAUCUACGAUAAACGUCUUUUGGAUAUCUACGAUGAACGACUUUAACAAAUGUACGAUGAGCGUCUUCAAGAAAUCUACGAUAAACGUCUUUUGGAUAUCUACGAUGAACGACUUUAACAAAUGUACGAUGAGCGUCUUUCAGAAAUCUACGAUGAGCAUCUUUAGGAAAUCUACGAUGAACAUCUUUAGUAAAUCUACGAUGAGCAUCUUAAGGAAAUCUACGAUGAACAUCUUUAGGAAAUCUACGAUGAGCAUCUUUAGGAAAACUACGAUGAGCAUCUUUAGGAAAUCUAGGAUGAGCAUCUUUAGGAAAUCUACGAUGAGCAACUUUAGGAAAUAUACGAUGAACAUCUUUA